GACAAUUACCCACGAUUCAUCGAUCCAAUUGACUUUCAGUCUGAAGCACGAAACACAAUGCAGUCUUCUCCUCGCCGCUCAAGACAUUCCCGCAAUCUAGACCGGCUGCACCUGCCCUUUCUUUAGAAGCUCUCACAUAAGCCGCGAUGCCCUUCCUGGCUGAAGAGCACAUCGACAUACCCACUACUGAUCUGCUGUCAUGGAUGUUUGAUAAGCAGACUUACGAUGCAGACAAAGCUAUCUACGUCGAUGCAGCAGAGCCAGAACGAUCUAUCUCCUCCAAACAGGCAAGAAGCGUAACAAAGAAGCUAUGUGCUGGUUUCAAGUCAAUUGGGCUGAAGGAGGGCGAUUGCGUUUGCAUGCUGUCCUUCAAUGAUAUAUACUACUCGAUGGCCUUCCUAGGCAUUCUAUCUUUCGGUGGCAUCUUUGCCGGCGUCAACCCGUCACACACUACAUACGAGCUCGCACAUGCCUUUCAGACCGCCGAGAUUAAAGCACUCAUCGUCGAACCUGAGCUUCUCCCAAAUGCUUUGAAAGCAGCUGCGCAAGUUGGCAUUCCAAUGACCAAUAUUUUCGUAUUCGAUCAUCACACGUCGAUUGCUCAGCCCUGGGUUGACAGUGAAGUCUGGGGCGAAGGACUUGGAGGCGAGGAACGAUGGGGUGGAGCCAAAAGCUGGAGAUACCUCAUGGGCCACGGAGAGAGCGACUGGAUAAAAUGGGACAACGAAGCGCGAAGCAAGUCAACUACAGCUGCAAGAUUGUUCAGCAGCGGUACGACCGGUCUUCCCAAAGCCGUCGAGAUGACCCAUCAUAACUUCAUUGCCCAACACACCAUGGUCCUUGAGCACAAACCUCGCGACUACGAAGUAAUCCGCCUACUAUGCACCCCCAUGUUCCACGUCUCCAACGUCCCACGCGCUCAUACAUCACCCCUCCGCGGCGGCCUGCGCACCUAUGUAAUGCGCCGCUUCGAACUACACUCCUGGCUGCAGAACAUCGAGCGCUUCAGCAUCACAGAGGCAAACAUGGUGCCCCCGAUGGUAAUCCAGGUCAUAAACUCCCCGCUCACAUCACAGUAUUCCCUCAAAUCAAUCCGCAACUCCUGGGUCGGCGCCGCCCCGCUCGCCGCAGAACCCCAAGCCCGCUACAAAGCCCUACUGCGCCCCGACACCCCCUUCAACCAGGUCUGGGGCAUGAGCGAAACGAGCUGCAUAGCGACUAUGCUGCACUACCCUGAGCACGACCCGACGGGCUCCGUGGGUCGUUUUCUACCCAACAUGGACGCCAAGCUCGUCGACGACGACGGCCGCGACAUCACCGCCUUCGAUGUGCGCGGCGAGCUGUGCGCGCGCGGCCCGCUGAUCGUCAAGGGCUACUACAACAACGCACGCGCGAACGCGGAGAGCUGGGACGCGGACGGGUAUUUCCACACGGGUGAUGUUGCGGUACGGCGCCGCGAGAACGGGCUGUGGUACAUCGUUGACCGCAAGAAGGAGCUCAUCAAGGUCCGGGGUUUCCAGGUCGCGCCUGCAGAGCUCGAGGGCGUGCUGCUCUCGCACCCGGACGUCAGCGAUACAGCUGUGAUCGGGGUCGCCGCGGGCGGCGUAAACGCGGUAGCGAAUGCGGGAGAGGACGUGAGCGAGAUGCCACGGGCGUACAUUGUGCUGAAGCACGGGAGCCGGAUGGGCGAGAUGGAAGUGCAGAGCUAUAUGAAGGAGCGCUUAGCUGGAUACAAGCAGCUGGUCGGAGGAGUGCGCUUCGUGGAGGCAAUACCCAAAAACGCCUCUGGCAAGAUACUGAAGAAAGAUCUGAAGGAAAUCGCUAACAGAGAGAUGAAUGCCAGGCUGUAGACUACAUUGCAGACGGCAAGGAUGUCCAGUGGAGAACAGAGGUAUGUGCAUAUACAUUACUAAUAUCAUCUAAUCACAACGCUAUUGGGAUGUAUAUAUACCAAACACGCGCUUUUGCAGAAUGCGAUUUCAAGUAGUGCUCCUA